GGCUGUGCGACUUGGCAGCGCGGUAGCGACGGCGAGCCGAGGGGAGAGUCGAGCUCUGGACGCGCUGAAGGCCCCACGGGUGUUGAGAUGGACGACGAGAGCCUGCGGGAGCUGUACGCAUGGGUGGACACGCUGCAGCUGUCCAGGACCAAACGUAACAUUGCCCGGGACUUCAGCGACGGAGUUUUAAUUGCCGAAGUGGUGAAGUGUCACUUUCCCAAGAUGGUUGAAAUGCACAACUAUACUCCAGCCAGCUCAACACAGCAGAAGUUAAGCAACUGGGCUCAUCUGAACAGGAAGGUGUUGAACAGGCUCAACUUCUUUGUACCUGAUGACGUGGUCCGCAAGGUGGUACAGUGCUCACCUGGAGUUGUAGAGUAUGUGCUGAGCAGCCUGAAGCUAAGAAUAGACGAGAAGUUGAAACAGAAACACAGCAAGAUGACUGUAUCACCACAGGACCUUGAAUAUUACAGCAUGGCGGUAGAACAGGACAUGGGUCAGUUUCCAGCAUCACUGCAGUCAAAGGGGAACCAUCACUGCAUUCAGCCACAAGCUGACCACUCCACAAGUCCAGCGAAGGCACAUCCUGGAUGUCCACAGCUAAGGCCGGAGGUGAGGAUCUUGUUGGAGGAAAAAGAACAGGCUGUGCUGGUGUUUCGGGAAACUAUCCAGAUCCUUCAGGUGAAAAUCCGCCGUCUUGAGCAUCUUCUCCACUUGAAAGAUGUCCGAAUUGAUGAUCUUACUCGCCGCCUUCAGCAAGCUGAACAGAGAUGAAAGGCCUUCACCCUCUCUUCCACUCCAAGCUUGUCGUGACAAACUAGUCAAAGUGUUUCUUUUUUACAGAUAUUUUAGUUAAAAAAUUAAUAAUGAAAAUUAAAGUGAGUCUCUGAUACUUAGCAACUUGUCAGAAAUAUAUGGCAGUCACACAGAUAUAAAACAAGAAGUACAGGAGGUAUUCAGCACACAAGAGAUGCUAGAAAUUUUGAGCAACAUAUGCAAAAUGUGGAGGAACCCAGCAGGACAGGCAGCAUUUGUGAAAGAGAAUAAACAGUCGAUGUUUUUCAUCAAGACCCUUCAUUCGGUCCUGAUGAAAGGUUUUGGGCUGAGACAUUAACUGUUUAUUCCCGUCCAUAGAUGCUGCCUGUCUUGCUGUGUUCCACCACCACUUUGUGAGUGGAGAUAUUCAACAGUACAAGAAGCAUCUAUGGAAGGGAAUAAACUAUCGACAUUUUGGGCCAAGACCCUAUAUCAGGACUGUUUAUUCCUUUUCAUAGAUGCUGCUUGACUUGCAGUACAGGCAGCAUCCACAGAGAGAGAAAAUAUAGGGAUAGAAUUACAGGAUGAUAGUUUUUCAUUAGAACUGGCUUUUACAUGCCAGGUAGGAAGAUGAGGUGACUUUCCUCAGCCUUGUGAUGGGUCAAGUCUUACUGGAACCACGCAGGAGGCUGAAAGAGAGAGAAGUAAAGGAGGCACAAGACACCACAGAUCUCACCUUUCCCUCCUACAAAGCCCAUAAUCCUCCAUUUGUCUUUCAUCCAUGUGCCUAUCUGAGUCAUUUAAUCUCCCUAAUGAAUCAGCCUCUACCAUCACCCCAAGCAGUGUAUUCCACGCACUCACCACUCUCUGUGUAAUAAAACUUACCCCUAACAUCUCCCUUAUACUUCCCUCCACUUACCUUAAAAGAAUCGUUCAUUAUGUGCCAUGUUGUAUGACAUAGGCAAUCAUUGUCUUUCCACAACCAUGAUUGUUCUUGGCAAUUUUUUCUGCAGAAGUGGUUUGCCAUUGCCUUCUUCUGAGUGGUGUCUUUACAAGACUGGUGACCCCAGCCAUUAUCAAUACUCUUCAGUGAUUGUCUGCCUGGCAACAGUGGUCGCAUAAGCAGGACUUAUGAUAUACACCAGCUGCUCAAACAACCAUCCACCAUCUGCUCCCAUGACUUCACAUGACCCUGAUCGGGAGUCAAUGCAGGAAAUCAGCGGGUAAUUCCGAAAGUCAACUUGUGCACUGCAGUGAAAAUGACGGCUAAUGAAGGAAAGAAGAGAUUAAACAUUUCCUUGAAAGAGGCGUCACAGGUGCCGUGCAUAAUCCUGAUUUGAUGGAGACAGAUGUGAGAGCACGGAGGAACAUUUGGUGAAACUUCUGAAAUGUCUGCUUUGCUGCCGCUGGUACUGUGUGUUCCAGAAUCUCCG